AUGUCCUCCAGAAGCUGGAACCUCACAAUGGUGGCCCAGGGUGUCCUCUGGAUCCUGCUCGGACUGCUACUACGGCUGGAGCCAGGAACAGCGACCCUGCCCCUGCUCAUGGACUCUGUCAUCCAGGCCCUGGCUGAGCUGGAGCAGAAAGCACCAGCCACCAAGGCCAGCCACACUGCCUCUGCAUGGCUGCUGUCAGCCCAGGACUCAGGCCCCCACGACCCCCUCCAUCACUUCCUGCUGAGGGGGCGAAGUCCCAAGGCCAUGGACCUGGAUCCCCCUCCACUGAGCUCAGAGCUGCAAGGCCUGACCAAGGAGGUGGCCCGACACGGUGUGCGGGGCCGCCAGGAAUAUGGGGUGGUGCUGGCACCUGAUGGCUCCACCGUGGCUGUGGAGCCUCUUCUGGUGGGACUGGAGGCAGGGCUGCAGGGGCAGAGGGUUGUAAACUUGCCCUUGGAGAGCACAGCCAACCCUCCAGAUGCCGGACCCACCAUUCCAGAUGUUGGAGCCACGGUUCCUGAUGUAAGAGCCAUCUUCCCAGGACUCAAGGACGCCUCUCCAGAUGUCACUUCUACAGAUGUUGGAGCCAUGUCUUCAAAUGUUAGAGCCACAGAUCUAGAUGAUGGAGCCACCUCUCCAGAUAUUAGACCUGGCUCUCCAGAUGUCCAGGUCACCCCUCCAGAUGUCCAAGCCUCCUCACCAGAUGCUCAAGCCAAGUCCCCAACUACUGUGGACAGCCUCCUUGUGGUCACCCUGGCCAAAGACCUGGGCCUGACCUUCCUCCAGGUCCCCCAUACCCAGAGCCACCCAGGCCUAGGAACUGAGGGCUGCUGGGACCAGCUCUCUGCUCCCCGGACCUUCACCCUCCUGGGCCACAAGGCAUCGCCGCUCACCACUGCGUUCCUCAAUGGUGCCCUGGAUGGAGCUCUCCUUGGAGACUACCUGAGUCGGGCCCCUGAGCCCCAGCCAUCCCUCAGCUGCCUGCUGAGCCAGUACUAUGGAGCUGGCGUGGCCGGGGACCCAGGGCUUCGCAGCAACUUCCGACGGCAGAACGGAGCUGCUCUGACUUCGGCCCCCACCUUGACCCAGCAGGUGUGGGGGGCCCUCACCCUGCUACAGAGACUGGAGCCAGCACACUCUCAGCUGCAGGGCGUAAGCCAAGAGCAGCUGGCGCAGGUGGCCACCCACGCUUCCAAGGAAUUCACUGAGGCCUUCCUAGGGUGCCCGGCCAUCCACCCCCGUUGCCGUUGGGGCGCGGCGCCGUACCAGGGCCGCCCGACGCCGCUGCAGCUGCCGCUCGGGUUUCUGUAUGUGCACCACACGUACGUGCCCGCGCCACCCUGCACUGUCUUUGCGCGCUGCGCCGACAACAUGCGCUCCAUGCAGCGCUUCCACCAGGGGGCGCGCGGCUGGGAAGACAUCGGCUACAGUUUUGUGGUGGGCUCAGACGGCUACGUGUACGAGGGCCGCGGCUGGCACUGGGUGGGCGCGCACACACGCGGUCACAACUCCCGCGGCUUCGGCGUGGCCUUUGUGGGCAACUACACGGCCGAGCUGCCCACUGAGGCCGCGCUGCGCACGGUGCGCGACAUGCUCCCGCGCUGCGCGGUGCGCGCCGGCCUCCUGCGGCCAGACUACAGGCUGCUCGGCCACCGCCAGCUCGUGCCCACUGAAUGCCCUGGCGACGCGCUCUUCGACCUGCUGCGCACCUGGCCGCGCUUCGACGCAAAUGUGAAACCAAGAACUGCCAGGAGGGCCUCCAGGAGAUCCAGGAGGGAGCCACGCCCCAUGAUCCUGCCAGCCACAGACCUCCAAUAAAGAGACUGUGGAAAGAA